AGCCACAUGGCCCAAGCCAUGAAACCGAAGAAGUUUCACCCGUUGGUCGCCAGCGCCGGAUGCCAUGAGCGACCAUGAGCCGAGAAGAAUCCGUGGAAGCUGUGGCCGAGAGCAUCUACCAGGCGCUGGCCGGAGAUCAGCGCACUGAAGCAGCACUCGAAGCUGGAAGUGAGGAGGACAUCGAUGCAGAGCUGAGAACAUGGUUGGAGGAUGUGUUGGACCCAUCCUUUACCACGACCCACUGGGAGUUGUCCAGCAUCUCCACGGAUGGUUUGGUGGACUUGUUGGCGGAGGCGGUGAAGAAGUCAAAGGCGCCGCUGGAGGAGAAAAUGGACUCAGCCAUCUCCCUCCUGACCUCCGUCUUGGCUAAGGAUGAACGCGUGACGCGCUAUCUCCAGUCGCUCCACCAAGCCUCGGCCACGGCGGUGGCUUCCGAGGCUUCCGAGGGCAGCGAGGCGGAGUCCUUGGGCUUCGAGGUUGAGGCGCCUGAGGCCACUGGCGAUGAGGUGCACACGUCGUCCCUGGAGAAGUUGAGCAUGCCAACUGAACAAGCUCUGGAAGUCCUUGGGGCCUGGAAUGCAUUCCUAGAGACCUACUCAGAGGAUGCGGCCGCGGAUGCGCUCUUCACCACAUUCUAUGAGGCGGCGCCAAGCCUGCAGCAUUUGUUCAAGACAUCCCGUGCAGUCUUGGCUGGCCGGUUUUUUAAAGGCAUCCAUCAGAUCAUUCUCUCACUGCAAAAUGGCAGAGAAGCCAAGCAGGUUGUGGAGACCUUGGGCUUUCGGCACUUGGAACUAGAGGUCACUGGUCCACGCGUGGCAUGCUUCCGGGAAGCGAUCUUGGAAUUCUUCAAUGCGGAGCUGGGCGAGCGGCUCACAACCUUGGGAUAUGAAGGUCUGAGGAAGAUGUUCAACUACGUGGGUGGAGGCUUGAUCUACGUGCGAGAAACCUUCAAAGAGAGGCUUCAGAUUCUAUCCUCCAGCUGGGCCAUCGCCAAUUCCGAUGGCUCAGCGGAGCAAGAGGAGGACAUGCAAACCAUUCACAGCAACCAGGUGGGCGAUUCGGACGCCCAGGCGACACAACAGACCACCACACACGCCGAGGAGGCACCGCAAAAGACAACUCUACUGGGUAACCAGAGUGUCCCCACGACCUUCGACGACAUGUUUUGUUUCAAUGCGGCAGUAAUGGGCCUGGAAAACAGGGAUUGGAUGUACGAAGUCUUGAAGUCCUUCGACGCGAUCGUGACGAACGUCGCCAACUCCUAUCGCCUGCAGGAAGAGUGCGACGUGAUCUCGCUACGAAUGGCAAAGAUCCCAGGAGAAGUCCAGUUGUUUGAGUUCAAGCCUUUGAUGCUGGCGUCCCUGCGGUCCCUGGUGCCCAAAGGUUGGGACUCGCAUCACGAAUCUGCUUGGGAAUGGCUCUGGUCCAACGUGGAAAAGGUGCUGCAAAAAGAGAUCGGAAAGUUGGCCCCGCGCAGUCGGCUGGUGAGCCGCUAUGUGGGGUCCAUGGAGGCUAACACCAAAGAGGAGGUGAGUAAAAUGAUCUACGCCAAGUUCUUUGCCCUGGCCCCUGAGGGGCAGAACUAUUUCAAACAGUCUUCUAGUCGCUUGCUUUUUAUCGUGGAUCAAAUUUUCAGGAUCACUGUGGAGAUGUACAAAGAUCCAACGCGCAUGGUGGACGAGAUGAGCGCUCUGGGCUUACGCCACGUGGGCUAUGGCAUCCCCACAGAAUUCUUUAGUCCCUUCGUGAGUUGCGUCCUCGACUCUUUGAAAGAGUUUACGCAAAAUGACAAGCUCUGUGAUGCCUUUGGCUGGUCCCUGGGAUUGGUCUCGCGUAUCCUGGUGCGCACCAUCAAUGAGGGCUCCACGCCGGUGAUGAAAGCCAUCAAUAUGAACUCGGCCAAGCACGUCCAGAGCGCCUUAAUUGCGGCGCCGCGCAAGCGGCGCGCCACCUGGAUGUUGAAGGUGACGGUUGGAACUCAGUCCAUCUCACCAUUACUUUGGUCCAUUCAAAGCGGUAGCAUCGAGGCAGCCAAAGCCAUCAUUGAAGAUCUGCUGACCUUCCGUGCAGACCGUGACCGAUACUACUAUGGAGUGGAUGACCUGUUCUUGCGACAUCCCGACUUCAUACAGGUGAUUACAUCUGAGGCUCCCAUCUUGUUGAGGGUCUUGCUGGAUCGUCUCAUCUGGCGAUCUCGCGUGGUGGUCGCGGGUUUCCGGAGAGUGAACAUCUACUUGGAGCAUUUGGUCAUCGACAAAGAUGCAAACUUUGCAGAUGCCAUGUACUGGAUUCAGAACCUCCAGGAUCCCACCAUCGUCACUCACGUGGUUUUAGAGACGCUCACAGAUUUGGUGUGGAACAAGGUAGUUUAUUUGCCCUUCAUGCUGAGCAAAGUGUGGCUCUUGUUCUCCUUGUUGGUCUUCCUCUUCAGUCAGUCGAUUCUGAAGAGUUGGUUCCAAUCUGAAGAUGCGAAGAUUCAGAGCCUCAACGUGGCCACCUUCGUCUGUCGAUGUUUCGUCUAUCUGGCGGGGAUGGUGGAGUUGAUCUAUGCGCGGAGUCGGGUGGCCAUUAUGGCCAUCAAAACAGGUGAUAUCACACGUGUCUGCCAAAUACCCCUGCCCCGCAAAUGGAUCACUGACUGGCAAGAGGCGGUGAGCCUUCUGUUGACCCUGAUCUUGAUCUGCAUGUUCAUGGUGGAGCCCAUCUUGUACUGCCUCCAACACUUCGAAGGUGACUUCCAUGGAGCAGGGCAGUUCACCUCCAGCUGCCCGCAGGCUGAUGGCGUGCAGGACUUCUAUUCCAUCCUAUCGAUGCUGGGGAUGUUUUGCUACUUUACCCUCCUGGUGGACUUCAGUGCCCUCUUCGUACGUUUGUCCGCCUUUGUACUGUUGGCUGGCCGGGUGUUGCCACAGCUGGUCUUGUCCCUCCUGGCCGCGCUGUUCCUGGUGCUGGUCUUCGGCACCGCCAUCACACUGUCGGACACCACGGCGGACUUUCGCAUGCCGACCACGGCCAUGCUGACGCUCUUCCAGAUCAGCGUGGGGAUGUACGCACAAGAGAAGUUCAUCUAUUUGGAGCAGUCACGCUGGCUCAUGGCGAUGUGUGUUGCUUUCAUCGUCUUGGUGGUGAUGUUCCUUUUCAAUCUGCUCAUCGCGCAGCUGAUCACCGCCUAUGCGAUGGUCUAUGGCACCGUGCUGGGCCGGGCUCGGUUGAAUCGGAUGGCCAUCAUUUGCAACUCCAUGCUGCGCAUUCGCCAGAAGGUCUUCCGCAGAUUCGUUCAAGGGCUGCAUUUGGAGAAGCGCAUGGAGUUUGCUGAGGGUGACAUCGGCCUACCGGGCGGCAUACAGAUUUUGGAGCCUGCGAAUCUGUAUCCCACCUACGAAGAUAGCAUCCACAGAUUUGGGGGCUCCACGUCACCCAAUAUGCCCUGGCCGGAAGAGGAGGUGGCCCAAUCCAAUUCCAUUGAGGAGAGGUUAGACUCGUUGACAAAAAUCUUCAAAAAAGCGGUGAAACGGCAGAACCUGGAGACACGCAAGCGGGGCGGUCGCAGCGGCAGCAGCGCCUCAGAGGGGGAUAGCUCCGGCAUCAGUGGCUCUAGUGACGUGGCAGCCAUGAGGGAAAGCCAAGAAUUUUUACCAUCCGCAUGA